AUGAAGAAAGGAAAGUUGGAGCAUGAUCUGGGCAACGAGAAUCAAGGACAAGCAAACAAAAAUGGGAAAGGAGGCUAUAAAAUUAAAGACGGAGAGAUGGCCUCGUCUGCAACUAUGGCGACAAAAAUCACGGAGCCUCAACGUUCACAAGGUCAAGAAAGGAAAGGGAACUCUUUGGGUAAGGAAGGAGACAGUUCGACACGGGUGGGCAGAGAUCUUAAUAAAGGGAAGGAAAUCAUGCAUGAAGACAAGGCACUGGGUAAAGGCAUCUUGGGCUCUGGCCCAACCCAGAUUGAUUGUGUGACUAGUGUCUCCCAGCCCAAACAGGCCUCUAACAAGGCCUCUACUUCGGCGCAAGCGGCCGCUUCUUCUUCCGAUCGCCCUAAUCAAGCAGAACCUUUGAUCGCGGGCCCUGGGCCCAUAUCGGAAAGAAGGCCCCUUCUCAUUAACCAACCCCCGGUCCAACUGGUUGUUGGCCCGAAAGGAAAUAAGAUGCAGAUCGUGGCCGUCCCCUCGUCGCCAAAGAAGAAACAGCAGCCGGACUCCAGUUCUCCGUCGGCUGCAGAGCGCACCAAAUCGAACAGGAAUUCUCGGCUCCAUUCUAAGAAGGAUUCUACGCCUGUGAAGUUUCAGGCCUCCAAGGCUCUUCAAAUAUGGUCCCCUGUGAAAGAUAAGAAGAACAAAUCAAGAACCAGAUUGGCGACUCUUACGUUUCAAGAGAUUAACGCCUGGACUGGAGCGGCGGUUCAAGCUGAUCGAAGCUAA